CCCCUGUGGGUUAACUCAACACCGCACAGGAGUGUGUAAGCUGUCCCUAAAAUAAGAUUAGUCUUUAACCUUGUCUUCUCAGUCACUCAGGACACUGGUAACGUCGGACGGUGCUCUCACCGAGGCAUGCUGUCGCUCAGCUGUAGCAUCUUAGCAUGGGAGACUGUAACCACCGUACGUACGAGCGGGCUUUAUCCGUAGAGGACGACGUUGCUGUGGCGCUUCACAAAGUUGACAGCCAUGACAAAAACAGCGGUUGCGACCGACACGACGGGGCAGCAGAGAGGAUUCAUCUGCGCAGUAACUGCCGCGCUUCGUGCGAGGAUGAUGAUGAUGAGGAGGAGGAUUUUGGUGAUGCGGGGACAGAGGAGGACGCGAGAGGAAGGGAAAAUUCACUGGAAGGCAGCGAGGAGAAAACGUUGUGCCCACCGGCGUUUUGCGUCAGAGACCCAGAGAAACCAAAGAGAUGCCCAGGUCUUGGUUUGUUCUAUGCUUUCCUGGCCACAGUUUUGUUCUCCAUCAUUUCCCUCUUGGUGAAAACCAUAGAGGGAAUUCAUGCUAUAGAGAUCAGCGCCAUACGCUGCUUCUUUCAGAUGCUGUUUUGUGCACCAUUACUCAUCUACCACAAGACAGGUUUCCUUGGUCCCAGAGAUAAACGUUUAUUUUUGGUGCUUCGGGGUUUCAUUGGUUCCAAUGCCAUGAUCCUGCUCUUCUAUGCAGUUCAGCAGAUGCCGCUAGCAGAUGCCACUGUUAUCAUGUUCAGUAAUCCAGUCUUUACCUCCCUCUUGGCUUGGAUCUUUCUGAAGGAGAAAUGUACAAUCUGGGACUGUGUUUUCACCGUUUUUACCCUCACUGGCGUCAUCCUCAUUGCCCGACCACCAUUCAUCUUUGGCGAGCACCUUUAUGGCAUUGAGGGCAACUACACGAACCACAUCAAGGGGACUAUAGCUGCCUUUGCAGGGGCGAUUGGAGCUGCUUGUACAUUUGUUAUUCUUCGCAAGCUGGGCAAGAGUGUCCACUACUACCUCUCCGUGUGGUACUACGCUGUCAUCGGUUUCAUCGAGUGCAUCAUCACUGUAUCCGUCCUGGGUGAAUGGAAAAUCCCAUUCUGUGGCCGCGACCGCUGGAUGCUGAUGUUGAUCGCCGUUCUGGGUAUCGCUGGCCAGACCUUCCUUACAAAGGCGCUGCAGAUUGAGAAAGCAGGACCCGUAGCCCUGAUGAGAACUGUGGAUGUGGUGCUGGCGUUCAUCUUCCAGUUCAUUUUCUUCAACCGUGCACCGACCUGGUGGAGCCUCGGAGGGGCGCUGUGCAUAGUGGUGAGCACCAGCGGAGUAGCAGUUAGGAGGUGGUAUAGCAACUCCCGUAGGAGCUGAUAAGUAGACAUAUUGUUAGUUUAAUGACUGAGUAUAACUUAAUUUUUUUUUUUCACUAUCAUAUGUUCUUAAUCCCGUUUAUUAUACUUGUUAUUUCUAUGCAAACCGAAAUGGAUAAGGCCCAAUCUAAUAGGGGUCUGAGCUUGUGAUGCAUUCAGAAAUGAAUUUGAUGCAUCUAUACAUGUUGAUUCUAAGAGUCAACCUGUGUAAUUUAAUGCAUGCAUUUUUGUACAAAUCAACACAUUUUUGAAAGAAACUAUAGGAGGAAAAAAGACUUCUCCCCAAAACUAUAUGCUGCUCCCAGGAGGCUGUGUGGUUAGCUAACCUUAAUAAAAUGUACAGCAUAAAUACAUUAAAGGAUCCCAUUUUCCUUUCGCUUUAACCUGAUUAAAAUAGCUAAAGAGAGGAUCGCACAACCACAUUAUGCUAAGAGUGCUUAUUUUAUUUUAUUAUGGUUUUACUCGUUACCAUCAAAGGAUUAACUCAAAAAAAUAAAUAAAUGCUAGGUCUCUGCACUGACACCAAAGCUAUGAUCAGUCUGCCAUCAACAAUAACAAAAGAAAAUGCAGUUUAAGCAGAAAAGCACUUUAAUACAACAAGUCACUACAAACAAUAUAAUAUAUUCCAAAAUUGGUUGUAAGUUUGUACUUGAAAACAUGGUCAUGCUGUACUAUUUUCUCAGGGAUUUCUCAGCAGGGUGUGGCAGUGCCUUUAAAAUAGAAGAACAGAAGGUUCUGGGUGGUUGACUGUUUUAGAAGGUCGUAUGUCCUCCCUGUGCCUUUGGGAUUGUUCUCCAGGUGUCCUGUCUUCAACUUGCUCGUUAGGUAAUUGGUUGUUGGGCACAGCAUAGAGAGCUAACCUGUCCAGCUUAUGCCUCACCUCGUGCCCAUUUUCAGCUGUUGUAGGCACCAGCCCCACUUGGUAUAAUAAGCAGUUAGGUAAAUGGGUGGGUUUCUUAAAUGUUAAUAAUGCCCAGAAUAGAAUCUUCCUAAAUCUAAUCCAAUGAGCCUACCAAUAUUAUUCAUUUUUCCAUCAGUUUACAAUAUUUAAAGUGCCUUACAUAGGAAAGCUUUCCUUAAUAGAGCUGCUCCGCAGCCGGCAACCUGUCCUGGGAAACUCUCGGAUAGCUGCGCAAAUACACGAGAAUAUAAUAAGAAGCACAAUCCUAAGAGCGUGAUGUACCUAAGACAUUUAUUCCCCCCCACACACUGAUUUCUUUAUCAGCACAAGAGUCAGUUGACUAGCACCUGUUAUCUUAGCAUGCCGUUGGCGUCUCAGCAGUUCAAAAAUAUCUCUUCUGUGAUGUUCGAAGUAGGAUGUCAUUUGUGCUUUGUCCCUGCUGGAGGGUAGAGAAAGUGUGAGUAACCUGUCACUAUAAUUCAGCAAAUCAGCUGGUAAGCAACUGCACACAAGGAGUGCUUCAAGUAUCUUAAAAUAAUAUCUUCCUCAUUUAUUUCAAGGGGCUAAAGCAGGCUGACGAAAGGUGAAAUGGAGUAAUGAAGUGCAGGUUUGUUAACUCAUCGGAUACCCUUCACGGCUCAGCUGAACAGCUGCAAAACGCUUAGCCUUUGUCCUCUAAUUUAAAGGCAGAUGUUGAGGUUUUGGCCUAGCAGUAUCACUGUUUGUUUUCUUUUUUUUUUUUUUUUUUUUUUUUAAAUGAUGGCCUUAGCAACUCAAUACUUCUCACCUUGUGAUUACAAGUGGAUACAUUCUGUCUCCAGUCCAGUUCAGCUGGUGAAAGUCUUUUGGAUUUUUAGUUCAUUUGUAAAAUGCCAGCAAACAUUACAGAGACUUGAAAUAUUUUAAAGCAGGAAUAUAGGGGCUGCUCUGCUAAAAGCUGUAGCUUUCAUGCUCAAAGAGUGUUUUGCUGUCACUGAUGUAAGAAGGAACCCCCUGGAAAACAUUUAUGUCACGAAAUGUGAAUUUCCAGCACAGCUGUCUGUAUGUUCUGUGUCAUUUUUAACAUUUAACAACAAGCUUCUCAGUGGCAUGGCUGGCAUAGUCAUAUUUGCAACUGCAAUCGUGUAUUUAACACAACUUAAUUGGGUCCAAUACAACUGGAAAGGGACGGCAAUUAGUGGUGCUAGACUGCUACUCUAUAUCCUGCAGUGCUGUCUUUGCUGUUUUUCACGCUCUCCUCACUCUUUUUCCUUCAACGUGUAGAGAACUGUGUCUGCAGCACAGCCGCGCUCGCUCCUGUUAUAAUUAUUCCUUUUAUGCAGUAACUGGUAUUGUGCACACUGUUUCACUGUCUUGUAUAAGUCAUCCAGCUGGAUUAUGUGGGUCCUGUAUGGUAUGGUGCAGUGUGUGUUUGUAGAAGACUAAAUAAACAAUGAACACGUCACUUUAUGUGCAAUACAAAAACGCUGGACUUUAUAGAAUUUGCUGUGGUUGGGCUAAAUCGUAACCAUGUUCAAACAUAUUGCGUAAAGAACAAAAUUACUGAUUAAGAAAGUAACACUUUUUUUUUUCUUUUUUUUUUAAGUAGAAGAAAAUAAAGGCACUGUGACAUUUAUCAGUUGUUGUUGGUCAUACAUGUUAGGGUCACUUCAAAUGUCCAGAAGCUAAUUUUCUUUAGUUUGAUUUGCUUUUACAUUUAUUUUUUUUAUUAUUAUUAGUAUUAUUAGUAUUAUUCAGUUGUAGUAAAUGACUUGAAUGCUGGUAGUGUAAACACAAUGUGUUUUUCAUCCGCUGGUGAGGGGAAUAGACUUACAAGCCUUAAAGUCCUGCUAAAGCUGUUUUUAGGGGUUUUUUUUAUACUAUCCUUUUAAUAUGUUUUUAUUAUUAUUAUUGCAAUGUUUUUACAGAAGCAUAUUCUCCCAGAUGUAUGUAUUUCUGCACAGUGAUGGAUAAGAUUUUAGUAUAUUAUAACUUUAAUAAAUUCUCUCUGAAUUUGUAA